AUGCUGAACCUCUCCUCCAACCUGCUGGGGGAGUUCCCGGAGGCCGUGCUGGCCCUGCCCAGCGUGGAGGAGCUCUACCUGAGCCGCAACCAGCUCGCCCUGCUGCCUGCCCACCUCUGCCAGCUGCGCCAGCUCCGCGCCCUCUGGCUGGACAACAACCGCAUCCGCUACUUGCCUGACUCCAUCGUGCAGCUCCACAGCCUGGAGGAGCUCGUGCUGCAGGGCAACCAGAUCGCCAUCCUGCCCGAGGGCUUUGGGCAGCUCUCCCGGGUCAGCCUCUGGAAGAUCAAGGACAACCCGCUCAUCCAGCCGCCCUAUGAGGUUUGCAUGAAGGGCAUCCCCUACAUUGCCGCUUACCAGCAGGAGCUAGCACACUCCCAGCCUGCACUUAAGCCCCGGCUCAAGCUGGUCCUCAUGGGCCUGAAGGAUGCUGGGAAGACCCUGCUGAGAAAGUGCCUGAUGCAGGAGGAGAGGCAGAGAGACUCUCAAUUGGCUGCAGCCGGCAAAGAUGCUGGGAGAACCCAGCCCAGAGGAUACUCCAUGCAGCAGCGAGACAUCAACCUGGGCCUGGCUCCUGAAAGGGUUGGAAAAAUACAGCAAGGCCAUUGCCCCAUUACUGAGCCCCGAGAUGCUGUGUCUCCAAAAGACUCCUCGCUAGGACCUGCCUCUGUCGAGCAGCAGGACCCGCUGCUGUCCCCGUCCCUCAGAGUUGCUGGAAAAACCACGCUAGAGGAUUGUUCUACUGAGCACCAGGAUGUCUGCCCAUCUCCAUCCCCACCAGUUAAUGGGGAAGCCCAGACAGGACACUUCCCCAUGCUGCUGGACUGUCACGCCCCCCUCAGGCCACUGGUAGCAGGGCUGCCAGGCACCAGCCAGGGCAUUGAGGUGACAGACUGGACAGCAGAUGCAGAGAGGGGUCUGACCUUCAUUGUAUACGAGCUGGCUGGGGACCCGAGCUAUGAUGUGAUCCAGUCCUUCUUCCUCUCUCCUGGAGCCCUGUAUGUGCUGGUGGUGAAUCUGAGUGCCUACACCCCCCAUCGCUUCUACUCCUCAGUGGGCUACUUCCUGCACUGGCUAGGUGCCAAAGUGCCCCAUGCUGUAGUGUGCAUGGUGGGCACCCAUGCUGACCUGUGUGCUGAGCGGGAGCUGGAGGAGAAGUGCCUGGACAUCCACCACCAAAUUGCCCUGCAGGAGAAGCGGGAUGCUGAGGGACUCCAGCACUUGGCCCAGCAGGUGGACGAAGCCCUAGGGCAGGACUUUGACCUGCGUUGCUCCAGCCCCCACACUGCCUUUCAUGGGGUUUCAGACAAAAACCUGCGGCGCAAGAAGGCCCAGUUCCAGUAUCUGCUAAACCACCGCCUGCAGAUCCUUUCACCGGUGCUGCCCAUCAGCUGCCAGGACAACGACCACGUGUGCCGCCUGCGGGAGAAGCUACUGUCAGUAGCUGAGCAUCGGGACAUCUUCCCAAACUUGCACCGGGUGCUACCCAAAUCCUGGCAGGUGCUGGAAGAGCUGCACUUCCAGCCACAGGCUCAACAACUGUGGCUCAGCUGGUGGGAUUCAGCGCGUCUGGGCUUGCAGGCGGGUCUGACUGAGGACCGACUCCAGAGUGCCCUGUCCUAUCUGCAUGAAAGUGGAAAGCUGCUGUACUUUGAGGAGCAUCUGACUCUGCGGGAAUACGUAUUCCACAAUCUGCCCAGGCUCAUUGACAUUCUCAACGUCUUCUGCCAGCGGGAUGCCACGGUGCUGCUCCGGAAGCUGCUCCGUGACACCCAGACAGACGAGCUGAAAGCCACCCAGCUCCACCACUAUGUGGAAGGGUUCCUGCUGUAUGGGCUCCUUCCUGCCCAUGUUAUCCGCUUGCUUCUCAAGCCCCAUAUCCAGAGCAGGGAGGACCUGCUGCUUAUCCUGGAGCUGCUGGAGAAAAUGGGGCUCUGCUACUGUAUCAAUAAGCCCAAAUGCAAACCCCUGAAUGGGGCUGCUGCCUGGUACAAGUUCCCUUGCUAUGUGAAGAACGAGGUGCCCCACGCAGAAGCCUGGAUUAAUGGGACCAACCUGAGUGGACAGUCCCUUGUCAUUGAACAGCUGCAGAUUGAAUACAUCUUCCCCUUCAUCUUCCCCCCCGGGUUAUUCGCCCGCUACAGUGUCCAGAUUAACAGCCACGUGGUUCAGCGGUCCGAUGGCAAAUACCAGAUUUAUGCCUACAGGGGGAAGGUGCCUGUCGUGGUGAGUUACAGGCCUGCUAGGGGCACUCUCCAACCAGAUACUCUAUCUAUUGCUAGUCACGCAUCUCUACCAAAUAUAUGGACAGCCUGGCAAGCUAUAACCCCCUUAGUGGAAGAACUGAAUGUACUGCUGCACGAGUGGCCAGGUCUGUACUAUACUGUGCACGUCCUCUGUUCCAAGUGCCUUAAAAGAGGAUCGCCGAACCCGCAUGCGUUUCCAGGAGAAUUGCUGAGUCAGCCUAGACCAGAGGGAGUGAUAGAGAUCAUCUGUCCCAGGAAUGGCAGCGAGCGAGUCAAUGUUGCACUGGUUUACCCCCCCACCCCAACAGUGAUCAGCCCUUGUUCCAAAUGAAUGGCAAAUGCUAGUGCUAAAGGUUUUAUAUCGGGCAGCACAGAAACCAUGGAGUGGCUGAAGGAUCUGUAGCACAACUGUCUGUCUUGGGUUUUUGUCCUGCCUUUACAGCGAUAGCUGGCUUCAGAACUCUGAACUGCUGAGGUGGGAACGCAGCUGUUUGUGUGUCUCCUGAAAUACCCUUGAGAACUUAAGUGUACCUGGAGGUCCCGAGUGAACAGAUGUGAUGUGAAACCAUAGUCGUGCAGUAAUCAGGUGGCAGGACUAAUGGCUGGAGAUGAAGCACUGGGACUGAAAUUCUGUGGACCCUUUGAUUACCUGUUGUGGAUCCAUUUGGACUUAUUGAUGAAUGUAAAAAUGUUCUCGGUACCGUCUCAUUCAGAUGUAACUGAGGAAAAUUCAGUUGAGAUUUGCUGUUGUAGAGCUUCCUGGAGUUGUUCCCAUGCAGAGGAAGAACCUGGUGAUUUGUUGCUGUGAUGUUAUGAGGAAAAGAAAACCCCAGACUGGAAUCUCUUUCCCAGCUGGAGGACUGUUUCCCAGUAACUUGGCAUGAUCUGUGGACACAGCUAAGAAGAGUUAAGAUGUUUUCAAGGAAUAAAUGACAUGGCUUGCUAAAGAAGAAAAGAGUAAAUGUUUUACAGCUGAACCUCAGAAUCACGAUCAUCCUCCAAGAAAGAGCUGCUUGACAAACGAAUGGUGUGAAUGGUUUCUCAGGGAUUCUGUUUGCUUCACUCAAAUAGCCAUAAUUACGGGAUUGAUGGCAGUAUUUACAGCGCUCUGGUUUGGAUCUGUUUCAUGCAGAUGAGGGAUCACUCAACUGAAAUUCACUGCUGUUCACUAACUAGCAUAGAACAAUGUGGUGUAUCUUUAUUUUUGUAUUAUGCAAAACCAUUUAAUUUUCUACACAGUUUAAAGCUUUUAGUGUUAGUUACCACUGGGUGCAAUAUUCCACUUGGGAGCCCUACCAAAUAGCUCUUAGGUUCUUGUGACUAUAUUUGCUCGCUGAGUACACUCCAUGCUGUCACUGUCAAACAGCUCACCAGGGAGGCUGCUUCUGGGGAUGUGCUGCACUCCACAUGGGGAGGGUACACUGCCUGGUGUUAAUCGUCUUUCUCUCUUCACUUCCAAGAAAAUCAGAAGUGCCCCGGCCUGUGGCAGAACAAAGCGGUGGCAGCCAGAAGAUGCUAGUUUGGAAAUCCCCUUGCCUCUGUGUGCCUUGCUUCAGCACUGUGCAAUGGCAAAGAGCAGGGGAGCUAGCAUUCCCUGGGAAUAAUGUGAGGCUAAGGACAGGCGCAGCACCGGUGAGAUUUGUCUCGCUGACUCCGUGCUGUAGGAGUUGAUGCUAGGGAGUGCUAGGGAAAUGUACCAUGUCAGCCUGCAUGCACUCGCCCCUGGCUGCUUUCCUAUGCUUGAGAAUUAAUGAACUCUUGCAAUCAAGCAUAGUUUUUAAACCACUGUGGUGGCCUGUACUAUGGGCCCUUGGCAGCAGGGCAGGACAUGAUCUUUGAGAAUAUGUUAUGAGGAAGUAGAGCGCACUGGCUGUAUUGGAGAAGAAUUUACCUCAAUUAGUGGGGAAUUCAACUCCUUUUAAAUAGGAGAAUAAAUUUGAAACAGCUGAUAUUUUCAACCAGAGCACAAUAUUGUGCUCACUGAUCUGCUUCCAGGCUCUAGCUUGCUGGCUGAUCUGUGUUUUACAGAAAUAGCACAGUUCAGAAGGAUGCAGAAGAGUAAACCAAUAAAUCACUUUACCGUUGGGGCAACAAUGGGAGUUAGACAACACCAUUUUUCUUGGGGAUAAGGGGCAAUAAGCAGAAUCUUGUAUUGCAUUUAAAAGCAAUACCUACAUGUACAUACUCAAUGAGGGCUCAGAAAGUUGGGACCUCUGUCAGUGGGUAUUACCUUACGUUUUGUAUACUGAGGAAUCUGGAGUAUUUUUGCAGUACUGGAUUGUUGCUGCACCACAUACAUUCCUGUUGUUACUGCACUGACAUCUUUGGAGUUCUUACUAGAAGGGAGUUUGGCUCCAGUUUUUGCUGCCUGCUUAGCCUAAAGCCAGAGUUGGGCUGACUAGUCCCUUUUCAACAUGCAUCCUUCUCUCCAGGUUCAGUCUUUGCUAAAUGCUUUUCAGAUUCAUUUUUAAAUCUGAAUACAGCUGAAUUCUUAAAUAUUGAUUGGGGUUAACCAGGUGUGCAUGCACUCCAGUCUGUGAAGGCAGUUCAGGGUUUGUGCACCAUGAGUCAGAUGGUUCCCUUGGGCAAUCUCCCUGUAAGGAUUUUUGGUAACUGUGUAAACUUUGCAAGUAAAGGCAGGUCUCUGUGUUCAGCUCUUCUGAGGACAUGAGGAUGUUUAGUCCCUGCUGUAGUGCUUCUGAUCAAUGGGGGGUUUACACCAGGGUGAACUAUUCUUUGUGGUGUUUCCUAAAACUGCCAGAAAAACCUGUGCCCAGGUAUGAUCGGCACUGUGAUGAUGGAGUGCAGGAAAUGUGUGAGACUGGCUGAAGAAACAGUUGGAAAUGCUUCUUCACUGGGCAGGAAUAGUCAUCCUUCGUGCAGGAAUCUUCUUCCUUUCUCAUGACUGGCAGCUCCAGAACCAGACACCCAGGAACUGAGCUAUUUAGACUCCAGACUGGAUCUAGUUGAGGCAGCAUAAUUGGCAGAACUGUCAGACACUUCAGGAAAGGCCAAACUUCUACGCCAGUAAGCACAAGAGCAACAAUUCUGACCAGGCAGAUCCUCCCAUUCCAAAAACUGCCCUUUGAGCCUGUUCUGUCUUCUGCUUGUGCCUUGUGUGGUAGAAGAGCCAUUUCCCAGGUGUGUGUCAGACACUGCCCAAAUGGUUUCCCUCAGAAAAACUUCACCUGCUUAUGUUGGGCCUGUCCUUGUGACUUGCUGUCAUGCAAGGACAUCAGCUGGUACGGAUGUAAAGCGGAUACUGCAGGUACAGUUUAUUCAUUAAUCUCCACAACGGGGCAGAAAGUUACACAAUAUCUUCGCCAAAACAAUUGAAAAUAAAUCUGAUCUUAACUUGAAACAAGGCAUCUCUUCUCAUUCAUUUAACUUGGCUCAGAAUUUCCACCACUUUUUCCCAAAAAUCUAUUUCUGGCUUUGAAGUCCCAGAGGCUAGUUAUAUUUUUUUUAUUUCUGCACAAUUGGGAUUUGAUGGUGGAGCCAGAGGCUAAGUACUAACUAUGGUGGUAAAAUACAAAUUCAGGCAGAUUCCUAUAACAAACUGUAAACCCUUGUUCUGACACGCUGUGUGUGACCCUCCAGAGAUCCCAUAGUCACUGGUCCUGUAUCUAAAUACCAGAGAACAUAUAAACUCCACCUCUUUUUGUUGAUGGUGUUUCUCCAGGGGGUCGGUGUGCGGUGGGAUAGAGAGGGAGCUGCAAGUGCUGGGCUGGCAUUAGGGGGUGGUAAGCAGAGGCCUCCACAAAGCUAAGAGACAUUCUGAAGUCUAAGUUCUGCUUCCCAGGGCAGAAAUCUGACUCUUUGAAAGGAUUCAAUGGUUUGGAAAGAUUGAGAGCCACUGAUUGUGAGUACAGAGAUAUUUAUAAUCCAGUCCUUUGAUAUGAGAAUGGCCAGGCUGGGUCAGACCAAAGGUCCAUCUAGCCCAGUAUCUUGUCUGCAGUGUGCCCAAUGCCCCAGCAGGAGUGAACAGAACAGGGAAUUACUCUUCAAGCAAUCCCUCUCGUCCCCCAUUCCCAGCCUCUGACAGAGGCUAGGGACGUCAUUCCUGCCUAUCCUAGCUAAUAGCCAUUGAUGGACUUGACCUCCAUGAAUUCAUCUAGUUUUCUUGAAGCCUGUUGAAAUCCUGGUCUUCACAGCCUCUUCUGGCAACAAGUUCCAGAGGUGGCCCGUGCCCUGAGUGAAGAAAAACUUCCUUUUGUUUGUUUUAAACCUGCUGCCUAUUAAUUUCACUUGGUGAC